AUGGUGAAGAAGGUGGCCAUCAUCGGAGGGGGCAGCAGCGGGCUGUGCGCCAUCAAAGCCUGCCUGCAAGAGGGGCUGGAGCCCGUCUGCUUCGAGAGGACCCGGGACAUCGGGGGGCUCUGGAGGUUUGAGGAGCAGCCUGAGGAGGGCCGCGCCAGCAUCUACCGCUCCGUCAUCAUCAACACCUCCAAGGAGAUGAUGUGCUUCAGCGACUUCCCCAUCCCCGACGACUUCCCCAACUACAUGCACAACUCCAAGAUCAUGGAGUACUUCCGCAUGUACGCCCAGCACUUCGACCUGCUCCGCCACAUCCGCUUCAGGACCAGCGUGUGCCGCGUGGCCAAGCGCCCCGACUUUGCCGCCACGGGCCAGUGGGAGGUGGUGACGGAGAGCGAGGGGAAGCAGGAGGCGGCCAUCUUCGACGCUGUGCUGGUGUGCACCGGGCACCACACCGAGGCGCACCUCCCGCUGAGCGCCUUCCCAGGCAUCGAGAAGUUCAAGGGCCGCUACCUCCACAGCAGAGACUACAAGGAUGCCCAGGAUUUCACAGACAAGAGGGUCGUCGUCAUUGGGAUUGGGAAUUCAGGGUUGGACCUGGCCGUGGAAAUCAGCCAAACGGCCAAGCAGGUCUUCCUUAGCACUCGUCGGGGUGCAUGGAUACUCAACCGUGUUGGAGAUCAGGGCUACCCCAUUGACGUCGUCUUCACCACCCGCAUGAAGACGUUCCUGAAGCAGCUGAUGAGCCCCUCCAUGGUGAGCGACUUUGCAGAGAAGCAGCUGAACGCGAGGUUUGACCACUCGCACUACGGCCUGAAGCCAAAGCACAGGAUCAUUGACCAGCACCCGUCCGUCAAUGACGACCUGCCCAACCGUAUCAUUUCGGGCAAGGUGCUGGUGAAGCCGAAUGUCCAGGAGUUCACGGAGACAUCUGCCAUCUUUGCGGAUGGCACCAGGGAAGACAUCGAUGCUGUGGUCUUUGCCACGGGAUACAGCUUCUCCUUCCCCUUCCUCGAGGGCUGCGUGAAGGUGGUGGAGAACCAGAUCUCCCUCUACAAAUUCAUGUUCCCCCCCGACCUGGAGAAGCCGACGCUGGCUUUCAUCGGCCUCAUCCAGCCCCUGGGCGCCAUCAUGCCAAUCUCCGAGCUCCAGUGUCGCUGGGCCACCCGCGUCUUCAAGGGGCUGAACAAGCUGCCCCCACGGCACGACAUGGAGGCUGACAUCAAGCAGAAAACGGAAGCGAUGGCAAAGCGGUACGUGAGGAGCCGGCGGCACACCAUCCAGGUGGACUACAUCCCCUACAUGGACGAGCUCGCCUGCCAGGUGGGGGUCAAGCCCAACCUGCUUGCCCUCUUCCUCACCGACCCCAAGCUGGCGCUGGAGGUGGUCUUUGGGCCCUGCACGCCGUACCAGUACCGCCUGCAGGGCCCGGGCGAGUGGGCGGGUGCCAGGGAGGCCAUCCUCACCCAGCGGCAGCGCAUCAUCAAGCCCAUGCAGACGCGGCGUGUGGAGGAGCACCCCUCGGCCCCCACUGUGCCCCUCAUCUUCAAGCUGGUUGGGGCCGUGGCCGUCCUCGCCAUCAUUUUUGCUUACUUGUAG